UGCUCUUCAGUCUUUCCUAAUCUUUGCACCAUAAAGUCCUUCCAUCCCCUUGGAGUGUUAAGAAUGGCUUCAUCUUCUUGGUUUCCUUUGGCAUUCUUAGCUUCAUUGUGCCUUGUCAAGAAUGGCCAUCUCUUCUGCAAUGCUGAUCCCACUGAUGGUUUCACUCCUGUUCCAUUAACAGAAGGCGAUUUUGAUAUACAGAAGCCAUACGAUAAACCUCUGCAAGACCGUUACAGCUACAUCAAUGGAGUUCAUAAGAUGUGGGUGUAUUCGACCGACAAGCCGUUUAAACCUGGUAGCCCGACCAAGCCACGCACCGAGAUUCGAAUUCGGGGUCAUGACUACUCAUCUGGAGUAUGGCAAUUUGAAGGAUAUGGUUUCGUUCCAGAAGGCACCACCGGCACGUCGAUCAUGCAGAUCCUCGGAUCAGAUGGUCCGAUAUUGAUGCUGAAGGUCUAUGAUGGUCAGCUGAACUACCACUCACAGAAAUUGGUGGAGCCCAACAUCUACAAUAGGUGGAUGAGGGUCAAUGUGAUACAUGAUGUGGAUGCUAAUAAGCUGACGGUCUUCAUCAAUGGUGUUCAGAAGCUGGAGGUGGAAGGCCGUGGACCAAGCACAUUUUAUUUCAAGUGUGGAGUUUACACCCAGACUGAUCCGAGUCACUACAUGGAAUCAAGGUGGAAGAAUAUAAGGGUCCUGAAAAAGAAUUGAGCGAAAUAAGUCCCGUAACGGAGAUGUCAGAUUGAUCCUAGUAACUGGAUGCAAUCAAUGGAGUAUAUGUUAGAGCCCCUAAGAAACUUGAGUGAAUAAGUGCCUGUCAUAGACCUUUGGUACCAAAGAUAUGCAGCAUGUUAUAUCAAGUAAUAUGAAGCAGAAUCAAUUAAUUAGUUCAAAAUUAUA